AUGCUCCCUGUGUCUUAUAAAGAGAAGCAUCCCAACUUUACCAGAGUAAACUCAAGCUUCAAUCCACCAGAGGUUCAGAAUGUCUUGGAGAUAUUCUACCGUUCCAGAGAUAAGGAUAAAGGAAUAAAACCUAGUGCUUCAAAUGAAGGACCAGAUUAUGUUGUUUGGAAGGUACUAGAAGACCUGCGCCAAAGUCUCAUGAAAAGAAUGGAAAGGUCUGCCUAUGACACAUUGAACAGGAAAGUAUCUCGCAUGACAGGAUCACUGAUGAGUAAGGUCUCUUCUGUAAUUGGUGCACCUCACUAUGAUCAAAAUGGAAAGUGCUUCGUAGGGAAUUUGCAGCAGCUGCUUUUGUGGGGAAUACAACAUAAUAUUACUUGGAAUAUCCAAUCAGUUGAUUUGACAUCCACAAAUUUUCCACCUGCUCCUCCAAUCUUGACAUGCGGUAGAUCAGCUGGGAUCCUUGGUCAAACGGAAAACAAAGCUCACCAUAUUGAGAAGAGGUCAGAGCCCGGAUUUGGGGAAGAACCUAAUUUUUAUUCAGAAGUUCUUGAGGCUGUAUGCAAUGACACAAUUCCAGGUUUGCCGGGUGUUUCUAACUUUACCAUCUUCCUGUACUGCAAUAUGCACAAUGAAACUGGAUAUUCUGUUCAGUCUACUUAUGACCUAAAAGCUGCUUGUGCAGAUGCCGCUUGGUACUUGUCCUCGGUGGAAGAAGAUUCAUUUUGGGUGUGGGUCUGCAGAGAAUAUUUCCCCUUAGAGUUUAACGUCACUGUAUGCAGAAAUGCUAGUUUGGUAAGGAGCAGUCUUAGCUCUUCAUGGAUGAGUGAUCUAUGCGGCAAUGUAUCCAGCAACUCUGAUGCCGUUAGAGAGCUUAGGAAUAUUAUCAGGUGCUCUGAUGUGUGGCAAGGCAUAUCCAUGAAUCCAAAGACUUUGAAGACUUGCCUUUUUGAGAAUAAAACCAUCUGGGUGGAAAAGUUAUGCAAUAAUGACACAUUUUCAGCCAUGGCUGAGGAUACCAAAGUCUCCUUUUCAAAGCUCUGUUCUCACCACUCAUUAAAAUUAAAUGAACACAACGGGACCAUUACUUCAUGCCAAUAUAAAACCUGGGGACAAAGUGAAUUCAAAAAUGCGACUUUGGUGGAAGAGUGCAGAGCUUUAAAUGUUCAAGAAUUUGUGGAAAAUGUCUGUCAAAAUAUUACACUGUAUGGAUAUUUAAAACCAACCUCUGAAUGGAUUGCUGAAUUUUGUAGGGAAAAAAACUCAUCAGAAGAUGGGAAAUGCUUUCUUCAGAGACUAGCGGACAUGCUUCCACUUUCCAGAAGCUUUGAUUUAUCUCAGCUUUGCAAAAAUCCCAUUUCAUACAUCCUGAGACUUGUCUCUCAGCUCUCACAAUGUGACAGUGAGUCUGCUGGCUGGGCAUUAAAUGUACAUUACCUCCUGAAGAUCCUGGAUUUUUUGUUCACACUCUCUGACUUGGACCAGAUAGGUAAGGAAACAAGGGAUAGCCUGGGAGAAGCAAUCCUCCUUUCUAGCCUUCUGGAUAAUAGCUCUUUCUGGGCUUCUUUCAAGAUGAAUUCAUCUCUGAGCAUCAUUCAGGCUGUGGAAUGGUAUCUGGAGCAAGAGAACAAUGGCUCUGAUAAAGAAGAUCUCCUGAGCUGCUUUAGCCCAGUUCUGUGGGAGCUCAUGCAGAGGGAAGACAAUGUGACGGCUUUUCAGAUACUUCUUCAGGAAUACCUGCAAAUGCCUCGCGAAGGCUUCCAGAAAGUUCUGAUGUCAGCAGAGAAUGAUGCAAUGGAACAUUUUCUGUCGCUGAUGCAUCGCUCCUGGCCUCAGAUUAAGGUUUCAAAGCCUGAUGGGAAAGGAUUGGAGACUUUGACAUCAAUGGUUAUCCAAAAAUUCCCAAUUUUAACACCUGAGAUAUUCAUAGACCUUGCCCAGUUUAUUCCAUUCAUGUCUGUGUCUGACAUCAUUAACUUUCCGCCUUCACUGCUGGCCAAUCAAAGUGUAUUAGAUGCAAUAAGAUACUACAGUCCAGACAUGAAGCUCACACAAAAGCGGGCAUUUGCAAAGCGUCUCAUGCAAGCCAACAUGUUCGGCGACAUCUCUUCAUGGCCACCAUAUUUCUUGAGAUCCAUUCAGGCACUGCUUCCUUAUCUACCCUUUUGCCACUUUGUUCAGCUGACCCCAGAUCAAGUAAGUAUUGCCAUUCACAUCAAAGCUAUAAGUUGGGGUAAUGACAGUCAUACUAAUCACUGGCUUUGUGUUGAUCAGAUUAAGUUGCUGGCAGAUGGCUGGAAUGAUGUGAAGCUAGAGAUGGUCCAGGGGCGCCAUGUGGCACUGAGCCUUAUGAAUACAAGCAGGGAUAACACAGAGGAUCAGCUCCAAAGUCUUGGCAAUUUUAGUUGCUACCUUACAUACGAAGAUCUAGAAGGCAUUCUUCCACUCCAGUACCCUCUAAGAAAAUUGGAGAAGAAUCUACUUGAAUGCAUAAAUGAAGGAAUAAUAUCCCCUCACGGACGGGUGGCUUAUGCAUUGGUGGACUUGCUGAAAAGGGUAAAUGUGCAUGCAGUGGGCCAUGGUGAGCUGAUUAGCUUGAGAGGCCUAUUGCCCGGUUUGGGUGUUGGUUUCUUUCAAAGACUUACGGACACACAGGUGGUUAGUCUACUCCCAGAGCUUCAUACAGAAGACCUUUCAGCGGCCCAGGCUUUUACACUACUGAAACACAUCACACCUAAAAAGAAUGUUGCAGAGCUGGUGAUUUGCAGAUACCACUACCUGAUUCCUGCUCUUGGUCCUGAGCUCCUGAGUUCUCUCCCUCCUUCCCUUCUGAACAAAGCCUGCCAAUGUCUGAGGCCUUCACUCUCCCUGCUGUUAGCUCCACAGAAAGCAGCUCUGAUGCAGACUUUACGGAGACACAUACAUGAAAGGGAAAUCUGGCCCCUGCAUUUGACUUGUCUCCUCCCGCUCGCACCACUCAAGCUCCUACUUUUAGACACGCAGGUAUUGUUAAGGAACAUGAGUCUUUAUGGAGAAUUGGCCUGGAUGCCUCAGCAGACCCAGUUCCUAUGGAAGAAGAUUCAAGCUGGUUCAAAUCUAACAAAGUCCACAAUCCUCACUCUUGGCAGUCUUGCUAAUGGGAUAGAAUGUGACAUCCUGCAGCAACUAAGCACUGUUGCUGAAAUCAGAGAAGUGGUCAGAUAUCUCCAUGGGAUUCCCACUGGUCUGCACAAAAACCUUAGGAAGUGCAUCCUAGAAGAACUCCAGAGGAGGCCUGGCAUAUCCUGGGAGGACACAGCAUGGCUUGGACCAGAAUUUAUUUCUGACUUACCUGUGAAGUUAAUUGCCAGUCUUUCCAAUGAAUCAAUGAAGCAGUUCUUAGAACAUGUCCAUAAACACCCUAGAAGUAUCUUGGAGCUUCCACUUCAUAAGAAAACUGCACUGGCCCAAAGAGCUCUACAUGUUUUGCAAAGUCAUGUGAAUGGAGUGAUUACUGUGGAAGACUUGGAUCUGCUGGGGCCUUUAAUUGGGUUUGUGGGAGAAGAGAACAUUGCACACAUUAACAGGAGACACUUGCUGCCAAACCUGGAGGAGCUGGCUUCAUAUUGCCUUUCUGACGAUUUCAUAAGCCAACUGGGAAACAUGUUAACAGAAGAGGACAUGUUUGGGCAUCCCACACAGUGGACAAGGACAGAUAUAGAAACUGUAGGGAGGCUGAUUUUCUAUCUAACAUCUGAAAAUAUUAAUUUGCUACCCAAGGAUGUGUUGGCCCGAGAUACACUGGAAUGGGUUUUGGAGAGACAGAGGCUGUGGGAGGACAGCGAGACAGGGAAAAUAUGUACAAAGCAAAGUGCAAUUCUUCAGGACAAAAUAAAGAAAAACAAAGUGAUCGUAACAUCUUUCAUGUCAAAGACCCGCUUAAGAGGCAAUCGAGAACCCAUCCCCACAUGUGCAGAUAUGAGAAUAACCUUCCCCUCGGCAUGGACUGCUGCUCAGAUCACUGGCAUGUCUGCGUCUGACUUUCAAGACUGUCUGGGGUUAAUAAGUCGAGAUACUGACCUCACAGCUGAACAGGCCAAGGCUGCACUGGCAAGAGUUAAGCAGCUGUUCGGCCCUGUGAAAAGCAUGAGUCCAGUUCAGAUCCUACAGAUGGGCCACCUGACCACACACGUUAAUGAAAAAGAACUGCAAGAGAUGGAGAUCCCAGACUGGGGGAUAGUAACAUAUCUCAGCCAAAUGGAAAACUGGACUCCUAAACAAAUGAAGAUAUUAGUAUCAUCCAUUCUCCGUCAGAUGAGAAAAUCUGUGUCCAGCCUAGAUCUAACUGAGCUGACAGCGCUUGGACACCUGAUCUGUGGGCUUGGAGUAGAAGACUUAAAGAAGAUAAGCAAGCGUGAGUUCAGUCAGGCUGCUGUAUAUGUGGGUUCCCUCAAACUCAAAUGUUCUGAGACUCAGAUGGAAACCCUGGCGGAACUCCUGACAUCCAGUUCAGCUUUUGGAGUGGUGAGCAGAUGGGGCUGUGAGAUCUUCACAGAGAUUGGAACUCUUGCAGCUGGCCUUCCUGACAUCGUACUGUCCUCUGUUAUAAGAGACCAGAUUAAAGGACUAACCCCAAGUGCUAUCUCCCUCAUACCUGCGCAGAAAUUUGCCGUUGUAUUUAGUCCUGCUCAGCUUUCCGUCUUCACCAGCGAUCAGGCUGCCGCAGUGACACCUGAGCAAUAUGACCAUCUCAACUACCAACAACGUCAGGCCUUAUCUACUGCAAAGUAUGAGGGAGACGUUCAUCAGGAUCCUCGAGGAGAGAACAGUGGCACGAUUGCCUGGAGAUGGAAUCCGGCUGUGUAUCUCAUGACGCUUCUCCUGUUCGUGAAGUUCAUUUCCCAGCCUCGUUGGUUGGAGUUUUAUGAGAUGUUUUUGUAAAACAAUACUUAUGGGACCAAUGUGAGUUUAUAAUAAAGCUGUGCACAUACAGAAAGCCAAUCUCAUUGUGUUUCACUAUAGCAAAGCCUUCCUGCUGCUUGUAUGGUGCAUUAUACAUUGCCUGACAUAAUACAUUCAUUGUCAUAAGAAAAUGCUAGAUUCCUAAGAGGAGAUAAUCAUAACCAUGUCAUAAUCAAC